AUGGCCCGAGCAGGGCCCGAGCAGGGCUACAUCCGCACCGUGCUGGGCCAGCAGAUCCUGGGCGAGCUGGACAGCUCCAGCCUGGCGCUGCCCUCCGAGGAGCGGCUGAAGCUGUCGGGAGAUCGCGCCGGGGAGGAGAAAGCGCUGCGGAUCCAGCGGCAGGUCCAGCAGACGCUGGCCAGGAAGAGCCGGGGCUCGCUGUACAAUGGCAGCCUGCACCGUGCAUCCAGUGUACCAGAGCGUGUCUACAACAUGGGGAUCACUGAGAAUGAUUCUGCACCAAGGUCUCCCUACAGCUUCUCAUAUUACCAGGCAAACCAGGUCGCCUCCCCGUCCUCUUACACCAACGGCUGGGGGACAAGGAUUGCCUACAGGACGAUGGAGGAGAGAGCUCAAAGGCAGCCUCUGAAGAGACUGGAGGUGUCACCCCAAAGAAACCCGGACAGGUUGGCCUACAUACCCAAGGAUUUUCACUACGAUGGAGGGAUCCCAGCUGGGCUGUCCCUGAGGCACGGAGGAGAUGGCCUGAGGUGCAGUGGGACCGUGCCGCCGCGGUACGCCCGCUCCGAGAUCGUCGGCUACAGCCUCCAUGACUCCGUGCACCGGGGCCGCUCCUUCAGGGGACGCUCCCGCCUGGGGGCUGCCAGCGACGCUCUCCUCGAUGGGGCCUACCCCAGCCCUGCUGCCCCUCUGCACCACCAGCCUGGCAACAGCCGCAGCAUGAGCAACCUCCUGGAGAAGGAGAACUACCUGGCCUCGGAGAGCGCCGUGGGACAAGUGAGGUCCCCGGCCGCGUCCCGCUUGUCUCAGAACAGGCACUCCGUGAGGUCCAGCUUCUACCAAACCUCCUUCAGAAACACCCAGAGCAGGAGGGGGGUUUCCCAGCCAGCUUCCAUAGGCAGUGUCACUGCAGAAACGGAUGGGAAGAGGAUGCCAGUGACAGCUGCCGUGGCCGCAGCAGGGAGGAAUGGGUUCCUGCAGAGCGAGCAAGCGACCCUCAAUGGAUCUCAGCUGGGGAGCCCAGAAGUGGAGAUGACCCUGGAGCGUGCAGUGAGCAUUCUGAAGAGUGAAAACACACAGUCCACCCCCAGGAUCCUUGCUGCAGUGACUUUCAUUCAGCAUGAGUGCUUCCAAAAAGCAGAUGCCAGGAGAAAAGUCUUCUCACUUGGUGGUAUCCCCAAGCUUUUGCAGCUCCUUGAGGUUCAGAAUGAGGACAUUCAGCGGGCGGCAUGUGGUGCUCUGAGGAACUUGGUGUUUGAGGACAAUGACAACAAGCUGGAAGUGUCGGAGCAGAAGGGGAUCCCGCUGCUGCUCCGCCUGCUCCGGCACACCAGGGACAUAGAGACCAAGAAGCAAAUCACAGGUUUGCUGUGGAACCUGUCCUCCAAUGACCAGCUGAAGCACCUGUUGGUCAGAGAAGCCCUGCAGACCCUGACUGAAGCUGUCCUCAUCCCCCACUCAGGCUGGCCAGACAGAGAUUACCCAAAAUCAAGUGUUCUGCCUGACCCUGAUAUCUUCUACAAUGCCACAGGAUGCCUGAGAAACAUGAGCUCUGCUGGCCCAGAAGGAAGGAAGAAGAUGAGAGAAUGUGAGGGCUUGAUUGAUUCUCUUGUGUAUUAUAUCCAAGGAGCUAUUGCAGACCAUGAGCCCAAUGACAAGGCCACAGAGAACUGCGUGUGCAUUCUACACAAUCUUUCCUACCAGCUAGAGCUCGAGCUCCCUGAGAGCUAUGCCCAGAACAUAUAUGUGCAAAGAAGAAACAUUUCUAACAACGAUAAAACACCAGGCUGUUUUGGAACACGGAGCAGAAAAGUAAAAGAGAAGCAGCAGGACACCCCGCUUCCUGAGGAAAAGAGCAAUCCCAAAGGUGUUGAGUCGCUCUGGCAUUCUACGCUGAUUAGGAUAUACCUCUCCUUAAUAGCAAAGAGUACCAGAAGCUACACCCAAGAAGCAUCCCUGGGAGCUCUCCAGAACCUCACAGCUGGCACUGGACCAAUGCCAUUGGCAGUGGCCCGCACUGUUGUGCAAAGGGCCAACGGGCUCCCGAGCAUCCGCGCCAUGCUGCACGUCAGCCACCCCGCCGUGAAGAAGACAGCGGUCUCCCUGCUCAGGAACCUGUCCCGAAACCCCUCCCUGCAAAAUGACAUAGCCAGAGAAGUCCUGCCUGACCUGGUGUCAGCCCUGCCCGAGUGUGUGCCAGGCAGUGAGGUUGCCUGUGAAACCACAGCAUCCAUCUGCUACACCCUGUUCAACCUGACCCAGGGCAGCUCACACAACGCCCGGCUGCUGCUCAGCGCCCACGGCCUGCCCAAGAUCAUUGCCAUCAGCAUGAAUGACAGCAAUAUGUUCAGCAAAGCCAGCAGGGCUGCUUCAGUCCUCCUCUACUCCCUGUGGUUACACACCGAUCUCCACAGUGCCUACAAAAAGGCUGACUUCAAGAAGGCAGAUUUCAUCAACAGCAGGACCACAAAAGCCUACAACUCACUGAAAGAUUGAGCACAACACCAGGAAAAGAGAUCCUACAGCAGCCAGUGUAACCAUCUUCACAGGGCUGGUGUCACCACCAUGAUCCACAAAGUAUCUCAGAGAAAAAAAGGAGCUGAUUUGCUAUAAAGACU